CAUCUUUCUUUCCCCGCCAUGGAUAACAUUGAGUUCGAGCUUCGUCUCGUAGCCGAACGAAUCCACGCUGAAAGCUUUUGAUCAAAGUUGAAGCUUUUCUGAUGUAUUCUGUAUUUCUGUGAGUACCCAAUUGGAGAGUAACUUGUGUCAGAAAUGGCGAUGAAUUCAAUUCGCCAUCUUUAUCCAGCAGCCACUACUGCGGUCGAUUCGUUGGGAAGCUCCUUCUGUAAGCUCCACGGAGCCACUUCCCUCCGAUUCUUAAGGUACAGUCCAUCAAUUUCACUCGGUGAUGUCAGGAGAUUCGGUUUCUGUUCUACAAGGAAGGUUAAACUAUGUAGAGGUAGCGGUAGGGAUGAGAAUUGGAACAGGACCCAGAAGCAGAAUCAGUUAAAACCUGUGCUGAAUCAUCGGAAAGGAGAGACAUUUUCUGAUUUAGGGGUAACGAGUGGUGAGAAUGGUGAUGGUGGAAGUAGUACAAUGGAGAGGAUUGUGGAGAAAUUGAAAAAGUUUGGAUUUGUUGACGAUGAUCAGUUUCAAGAUGAAGAGAUUGAACACGAGAGGAGGUUUGUGGAGGAGGAAGAAGGGAAUGUGAGGAAUAGGAGAGGUGGAUUCUCGGAGGAGUCACCGUUUGGUGCUUAUGGAGGUGAUGGAGAAGUUAAGUUUCCUUGGGAAAAAGUAAGUUCUAAGGAGAAGGAGAAGGAGAAGGAGGAGCUAGUAAACGGAGUGUGGACAGCUAAGAAGGAGAGUAGAUACUCUCUUGCGGAGAUGACUCUUCCGCAAGCAGAGCUGAAUCGGUUGAGGAAUCUGAUGUUUAGAACCAAGAGCAAGAUGAGAGUUAAGGGUGCUGGUGUCACUCAGGCUGUGGUUGAUGCCAUUCAGGAGAAGUGGAAGAGCUCAGAGAUUGUAAGGCUCAAGAUCGAAGGUACAAAUGCGCUCAACAUGAGACGGAUGCAUGAACUUUUGGAGAGAAAAACUGGUGGUUUGGUGAUUUGGAGGUCAGGGACUUCCAUCGCCUUGUACAAAUACAAAAACGACACUUACAGGGAUGCAUCAGUGCCAAUGAACAAGCAAAUAUACCGAAGAGCAGGGACGUCGCCCUCUUCCUUACCUACGAGUAGAGUGGAUCAUAGUGUUGAACAAGUGCAUCAUCCUCAGAUAGAGAAGGAGGCAACAAAUGUGGGAAAUGAAGACAGGACAUCUCAUCAAGAAGUAGAAUACGAAGAUGAAAUAAACGAAUUGUUAGAGGGUCUUGGUCAGCGGUACACGGACUGGCAGGGAGGUUAUCCAUUACCUGUUGAUGCUGAUAUGCUUCCAGGGAUCGUACCUGGUUACGAACCUCCUUUCAGGGUUCUUCCUUAUGGAGUGAGAUCAACUCUGGGGCAAAAGGAGGCAACCUCUUUAAGGAGACUUGGCAAAGUUCUUCCUCCACACUUUGCUUUAGGUCGAAGUAGACAGCUGCAAGGGCUGGCAACAGCCAUGGUUAAGUUAUGGGAGAAGAGUUUGAUUGCUAAGGUUGCCCUUAAACGUGGUGUACAAUUGACUACCAGUGAGAGAAUGGCUGAGGACAUCAAGAGAUUGACGGGAGGUAUGCUGCUCUCUAGGAACAAAGACUUUCUUGUUUUUUACAGAGGGAAGAGUUUUUUGUCACCAGAAGUAGCAGAAGCAUUGGUGGAGAAGGAGAGACUUGCAAGGACUUUCCAAGACGAAGAGGAACAGGCACGUCUAAGAGCGUCAUCGGGUCUGGUUGUCCCACGUGUUAAGGCUAAUCAAAACCACCUUGUUUCUACCGGUACUCUUGGAGAAACUCUUGAUGCAGCUAGUAAGUGGGGAAGGAAUCUGGACGACGAUGAUCACGUGGAAGAAGUGAAACAAGAGGCUGAGAAACUGAGGUCUGCAAAUCUUGUCAGGAAGUUGGAAAGAAAACUUGCUUUUGCUGAGAAAAGGUUGAUGAAAGCUGAACGGGCAUUAGCUAAGGUAGAGGAAUCUCUGAAGCCAUCAGAACACAGAACAGACACUGAGGGCAUAACUGAGGAAGAGAGAUUUAUGUUCCAGAAGCUCGGAUUAAGGAUGAAAGCUUUCUUACUUCUUGGUCGAAGAGGCGUGUUUGAUGGUACUGUGGAGAACAUGCACUUGCACUGGAAAUACAGGGAGCUAGUAAAAAUUCUUGUGAAGGCUAAAACUUUUGAGGGUGCGCAGAAAGUGGCAUUGGCCCUUGAAGCCGAGAGUGGAGGAAUCCUGGUUUCUGUUGACAAGGUUUCCAAAGGCUAUGCCAUUAUCGUGUAUAGAGGAAAAGACUAUAAGCGUCCUUCCGAGUUAAGGCCUAAGAACCUCUUGACAAAGAGGAAAGCUUUGGCUCGUUCUGUUGAGCUCCAAAGACGCCAGGCCAUUAUAAAACAUAUUGCGGUAGUACAGGCGAGAACAGAGGAGUUGAGAGCUGAAAUCGAACAAGUGGAACUUGUAAAAGACAAGGGAUCUCAAGUGUUAUACAAUAAGCUUGACAUGGCUUAUUCUUCUAGCGACGAGGAGACCGAAGAGACAGAUGGAGAAGGAGAUGACAUCUAUUUAGAUACAUACGAUGAGGAUGGUGAAGAAGGUGGGGUUCAGGCCAAGGGUUCACUAUCUGAUGUUGAAUUUGAUUCAGAAGAUGAAGACUGGGAUUCAGAUGAAUCAGAAACUGAGUUUGAUGAUGAUUCUGCAUCCUCCGCUACACCAUUUGAUGCUGAGCCGACAUCCUCCACAACACCAGAAGCAACCUUUGUAGAUCAACAGAAAGAGGAACGUCAUCUGCAAUCAUAAGAACCACGAGCUAGUAUGCACUGUGUUGUGAGUUGAUGCAGGAGAUAAGUUUUGACAUUAUCUAUCUUCUGUGUACUCUCUGUUGAUCAAUGCAGUGAGAGGUAUACUAAAAGUGUAUCACAUGCAAAGAUUGUAAGCUUUUAGGAGCUUUGUAGAUUUAUAUUAUUUGGAAGAUACAUGCA